GCGAGCUGUUUCUCCUACCUCACACACUCUCUCACACACACACAUACACACACACCCACAUCCACCCACACACACAUACAGCAGCCUCCUGCACCCGGGGAGUGUGUGUGAGAGAGAGACUGAGUGUGUGAACCUUCCGGCGCCGGGUCUGUAGUCGGUCAGCGGCAGAAGGAGACGAUGACGGACUCGUCCACCAACAUGCGGCUGAAGCUGCCGCUCAUCUGCUUCAUCCUGGAGAUCAUCCUCAUCAUCCUCUUCGGCGUGCUGGUGCAGUACGACCACGACACGGACGCCAGGGACUUCCACAACAAGUCGCACCACGACUACGAGAACGACUUCUACUACCGCUACCCGAGUUUUCAGGACGUGCACGUGAUGAUCUUCAUCGGCUUCGGCUUCCUCAUGACGUUCCUGCAGCGGUACGGCUUCAGCAGCGUGGGCUUCAACUUCCUGAUCGCCGCCUUCGCCCUGCAGUGGGCCACGCUCAUGCAGGGCUUCUUCCACGGCAUGCACGGCGGGAAGAUCCACAUCGGCGUGGAGAGUAUGAUCAACGCUGACUUCUGCACCGGCUCGGUGCUGAUCUCGUUCGGCGCCGUUCUGGGUAAAACCAGCCCGGUGCAGCUGCUCGUCAUGGCGCUGUUCGAAGUCACGCUGUUCGCCGUCAACGAGUUCAUCCUGCUGUCUCUGCUGGGGACCCGGGACGCCGGCGGAUCCAUGACCAUCCACACCUUCGGCGCCUACUUCGGCCUGAUGGUGACGCGGAUCCUGUACCGGCCCAACCUGGACAAGAGCAAGCACAAGAACUGCUCGGUGUACCACUCGGACCUGUUCGCCAUGAUCGGAACCAUCUACCUGUGGAUGUUCUGGCCCAGCUUCAACUCGGCCGUCACGGCGCACGGCGACGACCAGCACCGCACGGCGCUCAACACCUACUACUCCCUGGCCGCCUGCACGCUGUCCACCUACGCCAUGUCGGCGCUCACGGCGCACGACGGCAAGCUGGACAUGGUCCACAUCCAGAACGCCGCCCUGGCCGGAGGCGUUGCCGCGGGAACGGCGGGUGAGAUGAUGCUGACGCCGUUCGGCUCCAUGAUCGUGGGCUUCCUGGCCGGGAUCAUCUCCGUCCUGGGCUACAAGUACCUGUCGCCCGUCCUGGAGGACAAGCUGAAGAUCCAGGACACCUGCGGCGUCCACAACCUGCACGGCAUGCCGGGCGUCCUGGGGGCCGUGGUGGGCGCCGUCACCGCCUCACUGGCCACCAGGGAGGUCUACGGAGGCGGGCUGGACGACGUGUUUCCGCUGGUGGCCGAGGGGAAGCGAGAGGCGUCGCUCCAGGGGGGCAUCCAGGCCCUGUCCCUGGCCGUCACGCUGGGCAUCGCCCUGCUGGGCGGCCUCAUCGUCGGUUUCAUCCUGAAGCUGCCCGUCUUCGGAGCCCCUCCAGACACCAUCUGCUUCGAGGACAGCAUCUACUGGGAGAUGCCCGGAGAGGAGGCGCACCACGAUGAGCUGAGCACCGUCAGGACAGCGGAAAUGGAGAAGCUCAACAGUUAGACGCACAUACACAGAAAGACAGGAACACACACACACACACACACACACACACACACACACACACACACACUGGAGACGCUCUAGGUUCUGACCCUCACUGAGCUUACAAACUGUGUUAAAAGCAAAUAUUUUCUCCCUCAAUAAAGUGAAAAGUCCCUUUUUGCGGUCAGUGACAGCUCUGACCAGCAGGGGGCGCUGGAGGGCUGCGUUACUCUGCUGCAGGCCUGCAGGAAGGCUGCACGGGGAACCUGGAGAACCAGGAGAACCCAGGACACCGCUGUGUAACCAGUGUCCCUAAAGCAGCAGGAGACCUGAAAACCAAAGACGCCUCUGAAGCCGUCAGGAUGGAAACAACUCGUCUCAUUUCUAAAUUUCAAUCAGCAGAUUUCAUUCAACCUGAUGCGUUUCCAUGUAUAAUUAUUUUUAAUCUCCUAAUUUCUUCCUAGCAUAUGAAACAGGAUUAGAUUAGAGCCCUCCUGUUGCUUUAGUUAGUCCCUUUAUGGUUUUUGUAUAUCUCGGACUGAUUCGGUAAAAUUAACGGUGGCUGAAUUUACUCUUCCAGACAAUCUUUUGUAAAAUGAAAUCCUUUUUUCAGCACUACAUUGGAUAUUUUUUUGGAAUAAUAAAUGGUUGAAAAUGA